AUGGGAGCUUGUUGCUCUAUACACUCUUCAUGCUGCUGGUCUUCAAAAACCAAAUCAAAUCAUCAAAAUCUCUCAGAUAAUGAUGAUGAUGGGAGCAAGAAGCUGAGGGAUCCUUCGGUUGGUUUCACUGAGUUUAGUUUGGAUCAACUUAGAGUUGCUACUGAUGGAUUUUCAUCAGACAACAUUGUUUCUGAACAUGGAGAAAAAGCUCCUAAUGUUGUCUAUAGAGGUUGUCUUGAAGAGGAUAGGUUGGUUGCCGUGAAGCGUUUCAACAAAUCAGCUUGGCCUGAUUCUCGACAAUUCCUAGAGGAAGCACGAGCUGUUGGAGAUUUGAGGAGUCAAAGAUUGGCUAACUUGGUUGGUUGUUGCUGUGAUGGAGAUGAGAGAUUGCUUGUUGCUGAGUUUAUGCCUAAUGAAACUCUCUCUAAACAUCUUUUUCAUUGGGAGGCCCAACCGAUGAAAUGGGCAAUGAGGUUGAGAGUGGCUUUGUAUUUAGCAGAAGCCUUGGAAUACUGCAAUAACAGAGGAAGGGCACUGUACCAUGAUCUUAAUGCUUAUAGAAUUUUGUUUGAUCAGGAAGGUAACCCUAAACUCUCUUGUUUUGGACUCAUGAAAAACAGUAGAGAUGGCAGAAGCUAUAGUACAAAUUUAGCCUUCACUCCUCCAGAGUACUUGAGGACAGGAAGAAUCACCCCUGAGAGUGUAAUCUACAGUUUUGGCACCUUAUUGCUCGAUCUUUUAAGUGGAAAGCAUAUCCCACCGAGUCAUGCGCUUGACCUUAUACGAGGCAAAAAUUUUCAAAUGCUGAUGGACUCGGGUUUGGAAGGUCAUUUUUCAAAUGACGAUGGAACUGAGAUAGUGAGAUUAUCUUCGCGUUGUUUACAAUAUGAGCCUCGUGAGAGACCAAAUGCCAAGUCGCUUGUGACGGCUCUGACCCCCCUUCAGAAAGAAACUUCUGUUCUGUCAUAUGUUUUACUGGGCCUACCGGAUAGGAGUCUAUCAUCAAAAGAAACAGUUUCGUUAACGCCUUUUGGCGAAGCUUGUUCACGAAGAGAUCUGACUGCAAUACAUGAAAUUUUGGAAAAGGUCGGGGUACAAGGACGAUGA